AAGAAGAAGCGGGAGGGGGUGUAAACAGUAGGUCGCGUCGGUCAGAGUUUGCUCAGGUGAGUUCUGUCCGCGGCAGGAGGAUUCAUGUCUGCGCAGACGUGAUGAACCAACAGGUCUCCUUGGCACCUUGCUGCUCAGCACGCUAAUAGCUGAUGGUACUAAACCUCAUCCAGCCCCGACCCAAAACCCCAACCCCGACCCGCCGGGCAGGUGGUGUGGAUGGAGCGACUCCACCUGAGCCAGAGGUGACCGUGCUGUACUUCGCUAGGAGCGCCGAGCUGACCGGACUCAGGGAGGAGGAGCUAGUUGCCGUGCCAACGCCAAUCAGCAGCGGGGACCUGUGGGCUCUGUUGCUACGGAAACAGCCCAGGCUGGUGGCGCUGCAGAGCCGCGUGGUGCUCGCCGUACGCCGGCAGUACGUCGCCAUCGGCAACCAGCGGCUGAGCCUGCAGGACGGCGACGAGGUGGCCGUGGUGCCGCCGCUGAGCGGAGGAUAGAACCGAACCAGAACCGGAACCGGACCGAGC